CCGUGACAACUGACAGAUCAGUUUGACAAUUGAAAUCGGUGUACGAAAAGCGAGAUUAGUAUUUGUUUACGUUUUCUGUUUUAUAAAACUACAUUGAUUGUUUAGUAAAUACAUGAAACGAUGUCUGUAAUGCUGAAUAUUAAUCUUAAAAGAACAAGUAAAAUAUACCAUGAAGGGGAAGUAAUAGCUGGGGUGGUGGUGGUGGAGACUAACAGCGAUGUAAAGCAUGAGGGGCUCUCGCUAAACAUGGAGGGCUGCGUCAAUCUGCAACUCAGCACCAAAAAUGUGGGCAUAUUUGAAGCAUUCUCCAACAGUAUCAAGCCAAUGAACUUAAUCAACACAGUGAUAGAACUAGCUCCUCCUGGCAAAAUCCCAGUGGGCAUCACGGAAAUACCAUUUGAGAUCCCACUGCGGGCUCGUCAGGCAAUAUCUCCAGGAUAUCCAGGCUUGCUAGAGACCUAUCAUGGAGUGUUUGUGAACAUCAUGUACACAUUGAAGUGCAGCAUGAAGAGAUCCUUUCUCAAUAAGCCACUGUAUACAAGCUGCCAAUUUUUUGUACAAUACAGGCAACAAGAUCCUGCCCCUCUGAAGCCAGUCAGAUGUGAGAUCACCCCUGCAUCCAUCCGGGCAUGUGGAGGGAGUUUGUCACGUGGGGUAAUGCCGCAGUUCCAGAUAUAUGCUGAAAUCCACACUACAGUGUGCCCGCUUGAUAAACCUAUCACAGGAAAAAUCCGAGUGGAUGAGUGUUCAGUGCCCAUCAAAUCUAUAGAGCUGCAGCUGGUGCGGGUGGAGACCUGUGGCUGUGCUGAGGGUUACUCUAAAGAUGCCACUGAAAUCCAGAACAUCCAGAUAGGCGACGGUGAUGUUUGCCGCGGGCGACACAUCCCUCUGUACAUGGUGCUGCCAAGGCUCUUCACUUGCCCUACCACCACUACAGUCAAUUUUAAAAUUGAGUUCGAGUUAAAUAUUGCAGUUAUUUUCGAAGACGACUACUUGGUGACUGAAAACUUUCCUAUAUUACUCUUAAGAACCCGAUAGUUAUAAUAAAUUAUAAUUUAAAUCUA